UUUGAGUGUUUUUUUUUUAAUAGUUCAUCCAAUAAUAUGUAAUUGUUGACAAAACAACAAAAGUACUUGCCCAUUCCCUUACAAAGUGUUCAGGUGUACAAAAAAUUCAAGAAUAACAACGACAGCCAGCUCUUAAUCUGAACCCUCAUCACAUAUCCUAUAUCAUGUGUGCUUGGCCGAAGUUUGCUAAAGUUAAAGUCGUCAUGGAGUUUUGUUAUUUUCAUGAUAAACUAAUAUAAAGCCACACUUGUGUCAAUUAGAAAUCAAUAAUAACAAACACUUUUUUAUCGUUCACUGAUCGUUGUCGCCCAUAUAAUUGCUUGUUAAUGUACGUACGCCGAUAGUACUUGAAAAAUGCGCCACUGUAAUCCAUCGUUUUGUUGCUUGAGCAAUGAGAAUCAUAGGAUUUUUCAUUUUUGCUCGAAGAGAAGUGUGUACUGGAUAUUUGCCUGUCUCAGGAUAGUGUUAAAUUUUAUUCCACAGACCGGAUACAUUCAUCCAGAUGAAUAUUUUCAAUUCAUAGAAGUGGCUGCAGGUGAUACUUUUGAUAUUGAAGUUUACAAGCCUUGGGAAUUCAAUGUCACGUUUCCCGUGAGAAAUUCGCUGAUUCCUCAAUUAUGUGUUAAAUUUCCUUACUUUUUAUUGCAAGGCCUUAAUCCAUAUUGUGAACACUUUUUUGGUACUACUUUAAAGAGUCCAUACUUCCUAGUAGUAUUUCCACGCCUUAUGAUGACCAUUUUGUCAUUCAUAUCAGAUUACUGUUUGUACAAAAUUUGUUUAAUUCUUCAUGAACCUUACAUCAAUAGAUUAACAGUUUUUGCAAGUUCUUAUAUUGUACUGGUACAUUGUACUAGAACGUUAUCGAAUUCCAUUGAAAUAGUGUUAACUUCUAUAUUACUUUAUCACGUUGCAAGAUGCAUCGAAUUAUCUAAUAAGGUAGUUGUACAGAAUGAUUUUUUAAUGGAUAAAUAUCACAAAGCCAAGACUGGAGUGGAACGAACAAAAAUUUACAAACUGCGUGGAUCAUUGCCUCUACAUUCCUUGAAUGACUGUCUACUGCUUGCAACGGUUACAGCUUUUGGUAUUUUUAAUAGGCCAACUUUUAUAGCGUUUGCAGGGCCUCCAAUAUUUUUUUGGUUUCAAAGAGGUUUAGGCUCUAUAAGUAUCGGAUUUUUAGAUUUUCACAUUAGAUUUUACCUAUUCGUUUUCUUCACGAUUCCAACUAUUCUCGCAAUGAUUUUGUUUGAUAGUUUAUAUUUUGGAUACCUUACUAUAGCAGAAAUCAGCAGCUUUGAAAUAAGCAUCAACAACUUUGUGGUCACCCCAUUAAAUUUUUUAAAAUAUAAUUCAGUCACAAAUAAUCUUAAACAUCACGGACUUCAUCCUCGCUUUUUGCAUUUUCUCGUCAAUAUGCCGUUGCUUUUCAAUGUUGUGGGUGUCAUUGCUGUCAUUACUCUCAUCAAAAUGCUUAACAGCUUUUUAAGAGGUAAGUGGCUUGAGUUGCCGCGAAUACAGAGCAUCGAAAGCCUAAUGAUAUCAUCGUUUGCGGUUCCUGUUGCUUUGCUCUCUAUUUUUCCACAUCAAGAGCCAAGAUUUAUUGUACCAGUUCUUCUGCCACUAGUAUUUUUGUUUGCCCACUGGGUUGAAGACCCCUUAGAUGCAAGUACAGUAAAUGUUGCUCCAGAAACUAAUCAACAAACUUCGACCACGAGCUCAAGAGUUACCGAAAAAAAUGUUUUAAAAAUCAUUUGGUACGUGAGUAAUAUUAUUUUAGCAAUAUUUUACGGUUUUUUACAUCAAGGUGGAGUUUUACCUUUAACGUCUCAUUUGUCAAAAGAGCUAAAGUCUAAGCCUUACUUAACUCAUAUUCACGUCAUGACGUCGCAUACUUACCCUAUACCAACGGGUCUUUUACACUUAAGAAACACGAAAAAAGAGUACACCAGUAAUUUAGGACAUAAGUAUACGCUCACCAAAGAUUUUUACGUUGAUGAAUUAGGCUCUAGCGAUGCACAGUUUAUAAAUAAUAGGAUUUGCCAAACAAUCAAGAAAUGUGAAUACAAGUGGCAUGUUAAAAAAAUACCCUACAGACUGUAUUAUGCGUUGCCUUCUAGUUUUUACAAUGAAUUUAAAUAUUCAGGAUCAUCUUUACAAUGCACGAAUAACACUGCAAAGGAUUAUAAAUUUCAUAUUGUUCAGACUUUUAGUCCGCACUUAUCAAUAGAGCACAUGCCAAAAGUAGAUUUUUUUCACAAUUUCUUUAGCGCGUCAUUUAUUUUUUCAUUUGAUUUGGCUCCCAAGCUACCUGAUAAAAUUUUUGGAUACUUGCAACAAUUCGAUCUGCUACUUUUGCGUAUUGAAAAUCCAAAUGAAAGGUGAUUAAUGUAGACAUGUGGACUUGUUAUU